CUAUGCUUACCCAUAGAGGGCGAUAACGGUAUUAAUUGUGCCGGAAAUGCGCGCUGACACCAACAAAUAAGAAAAAGUAACCUGCAACAUGGCGACUCCCAUGCAUAGAUUAAUAGCCAGGAGGCAAGCGGAGGCAAACAAACAACAUGUGCGCUGCCAGAAGUGUUUGGAAAUGGGACACUGGACCUACGAAUGCACAGGGAAACGGAAAUAUGUGCACAGACCUUCAAGAACGACUGAGAUGAAAAAGAAACUGAAGGAGAAUGAAAACAAACCCCUCAGCAUUGCCGGACCAGGAACAGAAGGCUCCAAUGAAAAGAAAGUUAAAAAGAAGGCUAUAGACUCGAGCGACAGCAGCAGCGGUUCAGACGGCUCCUCCAGUGACUCAUCGUCGGACAGCAACGACGACUCCAGCUCCUCUUCAGAUGACAGUGACAGCAGCAGUGACAGCGACAAUGACAGCUCUUCCUCUUCCUCCUCCUCGUCCUCCUCCUCCUCCUCUUCGUCCUCAGACAGCUCAGACUCAGGAAGUAGCAGCAAUUCAGAUCAAGGACCUCCAAAGAAGAAGAAAAAGAAGAAAUAAACAUGGUGGAAUCAGCUGGAUUUCUUAUUUGAUUCCCUGAAUUUUUUUUUUUUUUUUAAUUUUUUUUCCUAAAAGCAUUCAGAGUUGGUUGAAACUGAGUGGAUGUGGACGAAGGAGAGGAGACAAGAUGACACAAAAUAGAGAAAUGAGACAAGUCCACUUCUAUUAGUGGGAUAUUUUCUCCAGUUUUUAGGUCUAAGGAUAUAAAGUUUAAAUAUCUGAGGCAACGAAUGUGACUAUUCAUGUUAAAUCUUGUGAUUUUUGUACUUAGUAUAUUUUUAGUGAAACUGUACAGCUCAACACCUUUAUAAAGCAACAGCAUAUCUAGACAUUAUAUGACCUCCAUAUGUUAGAUAACAGUUGUUUUGGUCCAAAUCAAAUUAAAGUCUUGUUGCUAGGAAAUUGGAUUUGCUUGUUUCACUGUAAAACUUGUUUUUAAGCCUUUUGGAAUUUGCUAUUGUAAAAUGCUUUAUUUUGCUAAAAAUAAAACACAUUAUAUGAUUUU